AUGGCGGAUGACCUUUUCAAAGAUUUGCCACCGCCAUCUGUAUCUAAUUCCGACCAAAAUGCACAAUCUUCAAACAACAAUAAGAUCAGAUUCAGCGGCACUCAAGAAUCUGUACCAAUCCCACCUCCUCCCGCUCCUGCACUUAAGAGCGCUCUCAAACGUCCCAAGCCACCUCCUGAAUCACAGCUACAAGCUGUUGUGCCUGAAAAGUGCUUGAGAUUUAAAACAAUGACAGAUGCCUCGGAAAAGCAAGUUAUUGACGCCAUGCAGAACAUAGCGUCACAUAUUAAGAACCCAUCAAAGUUCAAUAAGGCAUCGAAGCUUGCUAUACAGCUGGUUCACGGUGGUAGUAUCAAGCACGCAACUGCUGAUAACUUCUUUGCCAUACUUAAAGCUGCAAUUCAAAAACUGUUAAAUCUAGAAGCAACGGCAAUAAUUGCUGCAACAAAAGCAAUUCAGGAGUUGAAGGAGGGGUCGGGUGCUAGUGCGAGGGAAAUAAAUGCAGAAGUAAAAGAAGCAAUUGAUAGAGUUAAGGCUGGUUCUCGGCUAGUGAUGUCCAAGUUUCAGGCUCCUGCAGAGGGAAACCACAACCUGACUUCUUACUGCCUAUGCGAUUCAUGGAUUGGUUGUGAUGCAAAGUCUAGUAUUAAGUUGAAGGUUUUGAAACGUAGCCGGGCAGCAGGGACGAGGGGUAUGGUUUGCAGCACUAGAGUGUUUCCUUUGUAUGAUAGUUCAAUCGAAGCACACGUGGCGGUCAAAAAGAAGUUUAAGGUAAAGCGCACAUGUCAUCACAUGAUAAUCACCUAUGCAUGCCACUCCAAGCAAGGCGAAAAGGGCACCUCAGCCAAAGCCCACUAG